CCACGGCCAGAUUCAGCCAAAAGAACAUGCACGUGUGAACAUGGUCUGCGCGAUGGACGCGCCGGGCAUGACGGGCGCCAAGGAUCGGCCAUGGCGACGAAAGACAUGCGCACUGCUGGACUUUCUGAGAGACGAGCGAGACGACGAGGAGGAGGAGGAAGAGGACGAGGAGGAGUGUAAGGUGGAGGCAGAGGAGGAGGAGGAGGAAGAGGUGGAGGAGGAGGAGGUCAAGGGAGAGGAAGAGGAGGGGGAGGUCGAUGAAGAGGUGGAGGAGGAGGAGCUGGUUGAGGAGGAGGGGAAGGAGAUGGUCGAGGAGGAGGAGGAGGAGGAAGAGGAGGAGGAGGGGGAGGAGGAGGAAGAGGAGGAGGAGGGGGAGGAGGAGGAAGAGGAGGAGGAAUGGUCGAAGGUGAUAGAGGAGGAGGAGGAGGAGGAGGAGGAGGAGGAGGAAGAGGGAAGACGGUCGAGCGGGGGUCAACCCGUGAAGGGCAUAAUGCUCGAGGAGGAGGAGGAGAAAAGUGUGCGAGGAGGACCAGAGGCGGAGGAGGAGGAGGAGGAGGAUGAAGAGGAGAAAAGUGUGGAGGGGGGAAAAUACCAGAGGCGGAGGAGGGUGAGGAUGAAGAGGAGAAGGAGAGUAGAGGAGGAGGAGAAGGACCAGAGGCCUGGAGGAGGAGAAGGAGGAGGAGGAGGAGGUGGUGGAGAAAAGUGUGGAAGGAGAAGGACCAGAGGCGGAGGAGGAGGAGGAGGAGAAGGAGAGAAGCGGUGGACGAGGAGAGAAGAGGAGGCGGAGGAGAGAAGAAGAGGAGGAGGAGGAGGAGGAGGAGGAGGAGGGUGACGAAAAGUAUUUCCCGCCAAAAUAACAAAGAAAACCCUUUGGAUGAGAAAAAUGAAAGAAAGAACAAAUCGAAAAUCAUCUC